AUGCUGCAUCAGUGUUUUUUUAGACGGUUUCGGAAAGCUGUUACUGCCUUCCCUGAGUCGUUUACAAAAACUCCGCUGCUGUAUCUACGAUGUCGUGUAAAUGGAGAAGAAAUGCUCGCUUUAGUUGACACAGGCAAGCGAAUGUUGUUCAGGCUUCAUGCUACGCUGAAUCAUUGCGUUCGGAAGCUUCCUCUAAUUACAAUGAUUUGUUCAGGCGCUCAGACAUCCAUCAUUUCCAUGAACGCAGUGAAGAAAUGUGAUUUGGUUGAUGCGAUUGAUGACAGAUUUCGUGUUAUGGCAAAUGGUGUUGGUGGCACACGGUCGUCGCUCGGUCGAAUUCUCGCAUGUGACGUGCAAAUAGAUGGAAUGAACAUACUCUGUUCAUUUGAUGUGCUCGCUUCCGACGUUCAGGAUGCCGAUGUUAUUAUUGGUCUUGACGUACUUACCAAGAAUCAGGCCGUUAUCAAUAUCUCGGAGCGAACAAUACGAUUUGGUAAUCUUGGAAACGCUUCAUUUGUUGCAGCUGAGGAGGCCGAGAACCUGAAACCAUUUGCCGAAACAACUAAAUGA